GAAAAACCACCAGUUCACUGUUGGGACCAAAGUGCUAGUCUACAAGUCUACGGUGCUGUCCGUUCUCCUAUACGACAGCAAAAUGUGGACGCUUUAUCGUUAGGAUGUCCGUUGUCUGGAGCGCUUCCAUCAACAGUGUCUGCGUCGCAUUAUGCGUAUCGUCUGGAGUGACCGAGUUACAGACAUGGAGAUGCUCCGACGCAAUGACAUGUAUGCAGUGGACUGCAUCCUGCUGAGGCACCUGAGGUGGCUCAGGCAUAUUCGCCUCAUGGAUUCGAUCCGGAUACCGAAACAGCUGUUUUGUGGCCAACUGCUUGCAGGAAACGGCACGUGGGAACACCGAACUUACCUUAACAGGACAUGAUCAAGCUGCAAGCUAUUGUUUGUGGAGUACUGGAUGGCUCUUUAUGAGGAGGUACGACUCACGCGUGACGCUCGCGAUCGUGAAAAAUACGAUAAUCUGGCCGAGUUGUACGCUGUGAUAAAUACUUUGCAGUGUCUACAAAAAGCUUACAUCAAGGACCAUGUCAAAUCAGGGGAAUACACCGCUGCCUGCUCGCGAUUGUUGGUUCAAUACAAGGCUGCUUUCAAGCAAAUUCAGGGCCAGGAAUUUCCCAACGUCGAAUCAUUCAUGCGCAAAUACAAGAUGGACUGCCCAGCCGCUUUAGAACGAAUCAAAGAAGGUCGCCCGAUUACUAUUAAAGAUGAUAAGAUGAAUGUGAGCAAGGCAAUCGCCGAUUAUGUUUCACUCAGCAUCACUUUAAUGGACAAACUGAGGUUAAACAUACAGGCGGUGGAUGAGAUUUAUCCAGAUAUGAAGGAAUUUUAUGAUGUGAUGUGUCGCCUGAGCAUCCUACCGCCGGAUUUCGAAGGCAAAGACAAAAUGAAAGCAUGGAUUGAUAAACUGGAUCAAAUGAAAGCGUCCGAUGUGCUCUCUGAGACAGACUCUCGACAGUUGGUUUUUGACGUGGAAUCCUCUUACAACGCUUUCAACGGGCUUCUUCAUUCCCAGUUGUAAUUCUGUCCGCUCUCCCCGUGCGUGCGCGCACGUGACCCCGACUGUUGUUAGUGUUCGACACGUUGUCCUACUCUGCCGCCUUUCCAUUCGUUCCUGAUGCCACCAUCUUCUGUGUUGUAUAACCUGCCUUCUAUAUGUCCGAUAUUUGACUAAUCACGGCAUCAUUGGCAAUUGACUUGAUGUAUACAUACUUCCCGGUAUUUCUCACCGAUUCAUUCGGUCGCCGUUUUAUUGCUUUAAUUGUCCCCGGACAUCGGGGAAUUUGGUUUGGAGACAAAUGAAAAAUGUUCUCAGUCGUGAUAAUCUUCCAUUCAAUUGUUACUGCUGGCUUCUUUUUCAUUGGCAUUGUCUUGAUAUAUUAGACCGUGUAUGUAACAGACACCAUCAUCACAUUCGCAUCCCCCUUUUCCUCUU